AUGGCCUCGGGCGACACCCUCUACAUUGCCACGGGAGGCUCGGAGAUGCUGGCCGGCCGAGUCGUGGAGCUGCAUGAGAUCGAGGUGGAGACCAUCCCGGUGGAGACCAUUGAGACCACGGUGGUGGGCGAGGAGGAGGAGGACGACGACAACAACAAGAAUGGCUGCAGCGGCGACCACAGUGGCGGGGGCAGCCACGGGCACGCUGGCCACCACCACCACGACCACCUGCCCAUGAUCGCGCUGCAGCCGCUGGUCACCGAUGACCCGAGCCAGGUGCACCACCACCAGGCGGUGAUCCUGGUGCAGACACGCGAGGAGAUGGUGGGCGGCGGUGACUCGGACAGGCUCGACGGCUUCGAGGACCAGAUCCUCAUCCCGGUGCCCGCGCCCGCCGGCGGCGACGACGACUGCAUCGAGCAGACGCUGGUCACUGUGGCAAGAGCGGGCGGCAAGAAAGGCUACCUGGGCGGCGGGGCGGACGGUGGCGGCUCCGACCCGAGCGGCAAGAAAUGGGAGCAGAAGCAGGUGCAGAUCAAGACCCUGGAGGGCGAGUUCUCGGUCACCAUGUGAUCGUCAGAUGAAAAAAACGAUACUGACCAUGAGACGGUGGUUGAAGAGCAGAUCAUUGGAGAGAACUCGCCUCCUGACUAUUCAGAGUAUAUGACAGGAAAGAAACUUCCUCCCAGAGGGAUACCUGGCAUUGACCACUCAGACCCUAAACAACUGGCAGAAUUUGCUAGAAUGAAGCCAAGAAAAAUUAAAGAAGAUGAUGCUCCAAGAAUAAUAGCUUGCCCUCAUAAAGGCUGCACAAAAAUGUUCAGGGAUAACUCUGCUAUGAGAAAACUUCUGCACACCCAAGGCCCCAGAGUCCACGUCUGUGCAGAAUGUGUCAAAGCUUUUGUUGAGAGCUCAAAGCUAAAGCAACACCAGCUGGUUCAUACUGGAGAGAAGCCCUUUCAGUGCACAUUCGAAGGCUGCGGGAAACGCUUUUCACUGGACUUCAAUUUGCGCACACAUGUGCGAAUCCAUACCGGAGACAGGCCCUAUGUGUGCCCCUUCGAUGGCUGUAAUAAGAAGUUUGCUCAGUCAACUAACCUUAAAUCUCACAUCUUAACACACGCAAAGGUCAAAAACAACCAGUGAAAAGAAGAGAGAAGACCCUUCUCAGCCACUGGAAGCAUCUUCAAGGAUGGGAUUGGGAAUAAAUAUGCCUCUCCUUUGUAUAUUAUUUCUAGGAAGAAUUUUAAAAAUGAAUCCUACACACCUAAGGGACUUGCUUUGAUAAAGUAGUAAAAAUUUUAAAAGAAACUUUAAUAAGAUGACAUUGCUAAGAUGCUCUAUCUUGCUCUGUAAU